GCGGACCUUUCCCCGAGUCGGUGUGUGCAACACGGAACACGAUCCGGAGCAGUGGAAAAGUGUGCGAGUGCGGUGCGAGCUAAGUGCGAACGAAGAACGGACUCCCCCAAAAUUUCGUUCUGAAAGUGUGGUGGUGGUGACCGGUGGCGAUUCGGUGCAACCAAAUUUAACCGAAAGGACGUGCAACAACACUUUGCGAGCUUCGCAAAGCGACACUAGAGCCACUCGGAGCUUCGGAGGCGGAAAUUAAAUUAUGUAUAGAAGGACCCAGCUUUCUAAAAUGCACCAGUUAUCAACAAUCUGUUUCACCCUGGUGGUAGUUUCCGUGUUAGUCCAGAGUGCCAGCGGAAAAAGAGGAUGUGCAGCCUUUGGGCAUGCAUGUUAUGGAGGUCACGGGAAACGAUCGUCAGCACCUGCAUCACCCAUCUACUCGGAAGGGUUUGACCCUUCGGUGAUGUCCCUAGAAGUACUUCCCAUUCCAUAUUCGAAGCUGGUUAUGGACAAACCAAGGACUAUGGAUCCCUCAACAGACGGGCUUCGAUCCAACGACGUGUAUGGAGUUGACGCAUCAGUGUUGGGACACCGAGCGGAUACUAAAUCUCGAGAGUUUAAAUAUGCUAUCUACGCAAUGCUUAGACAGCUGAUGGAAGAAUCUGCUGCCAACAGAUCCGAGCAACCGACGCAUCUGCAACAACAACAAUCCGGACAUCAGCCACCAUCCUUUCAGCGUGAUCUCUCCGGAGUGACAGACGUUGAGCGGAAGUAAACCAUGUCGAAGGAAAUCGUUGUUCUAGUUGAUCAAUGCUAAGUCACCACAUCAUUCUUUUACUUUUAACACUAAAUAAGUGGUACCAUCCACUGAGCAGAAUUAUAAAAAAAUCACACCGGGUUUGUUCAAAUUUUAGCAAUAUUUUGUGUUUUGUUCAUAGAACAAAUAAUUUCACAAAAACAAACAUGAAUGAAAUAAACCACACCUCAUAACUUCACGGAUUGAGUAAUCGAGGGUGUAUGUAAAUAAGUAACAUGUAAGAAGACUUAUAACUGGAUGCACGUCGGCACCAACUGUCCCAAACGAUCGUCACACAAACACGUAUGUCUUACAACGGAUACAGGUUAUGGAAAGCCGGCAGGAAAGCUAAACCUAACGAAAACAAACUAAAUAUACAAUGAACCGUUAUGUACCACUGAACAGAAUGUAUUGAAUCGGUUAGUUACAAAACUGCAAAUCUAAUUACAACUGAAGAUACAAUAAAACAAAUAGUUAGACGAAACCUGUCAUGGCUGGGACAGUUUCGUUUA